UGCGACAGUAAUCAAACAGAAUCAAAUCGUUCUAGCGUCGCUAUCGAUAUUGGCGGAAAGUGUGUUGAGAAGUUAUAUUUCGUUCAUGAGAAUCUAAGUGAAAAUUUUGUGUCAAUGAUACCCUGCAUUUACCAGAGGAGGUACAAGAAUCUACCGUUUGUUACUUUGAACAAAAAUCUGGGCGUCCGCAAAGGCAGUCGUACAGGAAACUCAGGAAACCACCUGGAAUUUCAAGUGCUCACGCUCAUCGAAUACGUGCCUUGACUCAAUCGCCCAAAUCGUGACAAUUGCAAGUGAAUUGCGAUAGAUCUGAACUCCAAUAAUCUUCUGCCUUAACUGUCACUGUGCUUUUGGUGCUUUCGCUAAACUUUAACUUCGCGGUUGAAAAUGGUGCAAGGAGAGCGCACAGGAUUCACCAGUGUGGAGGCUGUCUACCAGCGCAGCCAGGACGCCAAGCGCUCCGGCUUCGAGAACAUGCAGAAGCGCAGCAAGGAGAGCCAAUCCUCGUCCUCCAAGGCGGCGUCGGCCUCUUCGUGGGGCCAAUUCAAGAAUCGCGACCACUUCCUCAGCCUCCAUCACUGCUGAGCGGCGGCGGCGCCCGGCUCUGCGGCCUCCACUCCAACUGCGGCUUGUGGGACUUUUAGCCAUAACUUCUCCUCCAAUUGGCAACAGCUUCUACUCAUUAAUAUUCCCCGAUUUAUGCAAAUAAUCACCAUUUAUAUGAAAAUACACAAAUGAGCAAAACA